CGGUGCCGUACCCAUGCAGUGGUGAUGCUACUGGACACAUCAGUGUGGUGCACACAGAGAAAGGAUCCAUCAUAACCAUCCCUCCAGACUAUUGUGACAUUAUGAAUAAUCUUUUGGCCGAAGAAGGUGUCCAUUCAGCAUUACCUAAGCUGGUGGGAAAGCCAUUACCUAUGUCAGUUUCAUCAUCAUCAAUUGAAGCUUCACCGUUCACUAAUGUUUCAGUUACUCCUCAAUCAGUUGCUUCAGCCACUCAUGUUAAAGCUCUACACAACAUUGUCAGCCUGGCCAAUGGGAUCCCAAGAGCAAAGUCUGAUGUCUCAAGUGAUAGAUCAAAAUGUAAGAAUAUAGCAGAUUCAAAUGAAGUCCCUUCUGAAUGUAGUGACCGACAAACACCUCUAAAAAUAUCAGAUAUUAAUGUAUCUAACAGUAAUGCCAACAACCAUGUCAAGAUGGUUUCAAAAAUUGCUGACAGAUUGAGGAACAAGGUAAAGAAAACAGAUAUUUUGGAAAGCGCUGUCUCUAAACAGACUUGUGCACAAGCUGAGGCCACUGCAAACAGUCUGGUCAAAUCUGAUCAUGAGAUGCCAAGUACACAUAGAAGGGACAGCCCAUGUGACUUGGCCACUGCAAACAGUCGGGUCAAAUCUGAUCAUGAGUUGCCAAGUACACAUAGAAGAGACAGCCCAUGUGACUUGGCUACAACAAAGGAGAAUGCUAUCCCACAGCUUGUUGGUAAAAAACAAGAAAUUUGUGCUCCAGUAGAAGUUGAUUCAGGUUUACCUCAAGAAACCUUUCGAAGGAAUGUCCACGCAGAAUUCUCUUCUGAUGUUCAAAACACUACUCGGGUUACUGAAAGUAACAAGUCUAGCCAUUCUCAAAAACCUACUUCUCGAAAGAGAAAGAUAUCUGUGUCAGAACUUCCUGCAGAUAAAAAUACAAAGCUAUCUCAGUCAGAACUUCCUGCAGAUAAAAAGAGAAAGAUAUCUCAGUCAGAACUUCCUGCAGAUAAAGAGAGGAAAAUUGACUCUGUAGCAAAAAUUAAACGCCCAAAUGGAUCAGACAAAAAUAUUUUUGAGGAAAUGCAAAGUAAAACCCCAGGGAAGAAACUCUUGAAACUACCAACUGGCCAUGACCUAAAAGAUAUGAAGGAUCCAGGUACGACCGGCAAGAAAAGUUUACUCUGUGAUCCUAAAGCAAAGCACGGUAGUGAUACAGUUCGUAAACCCACUAAAACCCAUAAUUCUAACGACAAAACUCUUCAAGAAGAAAACAUAAAAGUUAUUACACAACGUCACUUAAGCAACAGAGAUAAACUACAGACAGGUAAAUGUCCACCUGGGAAAUCAUUAAAAUUGUCACCUCAAAAAGUGGGAUUUAGUGGAAAGCCAGACCAGUGUUUAGAGAAAUGUGAUAAAAAGAGCAUCAGUAAAGAAUUAAAUAAAAACAUAGUGCAAGUUCAUCCCAUUACCAAGCAAGGAACCGGUCAUGUUGGC